AUGUCUCUAAUACCGAUUAAUUUAACAGAUGUGACAGAAUUUACCCUCCUGGGGUUUCCUAACAGUGAAAACAUGUCCAUCCUGCAUUCUGUACUCUUCUCCUUGAUUUACUUCUGUGCCCUCAUGGGGAAUGUUCUCAUCAUUAUCAUCACAACUGUGGACCAGCAUCUCCACUCCCCCAUGUACUUCUUCUUGAAGAAUCUCUCCUUCCUGGAUCUCUGCCUGAUCUCAGUCACAGUUCCCAAAUCCAUUGCCAACUCUUUGACUCAUAACAGUUCUAUCUCACUCUGUGGCUGUGUAGUCCAAGUAUUUCUUCUGGUUUUUUCUGCAACCACAGAGCUGCACCAGCUUGCUUUGAUGAGCUUUGACCGCUAUGCAGCCAUCUGCCAUCCCCUGCACUAUGAAGUCAUCAUGAACAGGAACAUGUGUGUGCAGUUGACAGCUAUGUCUUGGCUGGGUGGGUGUCUGAUUGCAGUGAUGCACACGGCUGGCACUUUCUCCUUAUCCUACUGUGAGUCCAGUGUAGUCCACCAGUUCUUCUGUGACAUUCCCCAGCUGUUGGCUAUUUCCUGCUCAGAAAGUUUAAUAGGAGAACUUGUUCCCAUUUUCAUUAGUGUGCUAGUGGACAUAGGUGUUUUUAUUUUCAUUGUUACUUCUUAUGUCUACAUAUUUUCUACUGUCAAGAGAAUUUCAUCAACAGGGCAGUCAAAAGCCUUCUCUACUUGUGUUCCACACCUGGUGGUAGUUACAUUGUAUCUCUCCACUGGCUUCAUUGCUUAUAUGAAGCCAACUCCAAAGUCCCCUUCUAUUUUUGACCUUUUAAUUUCUAUGUUCUACACUAUGGUUCCCCCCACCUUUAAUCCUAUUAUCUAUGGUAUAAGAAAUAAUGCUGUAAAAAUGGCAGUGGGUAGAUUGCUAAAAAGCUUGUUUAUCUUCAAAUCUAACCCUUCAAUUUUCAAUAAUAUGCUACCUAUUAUUUCUCAAUAA